AUGUCAUAUUCAUUCGAUGCAUUAGAAGGCCGGUACCAGUCUUUCAAUUCCGAACCAUGCACGCUAGAGAAGCAAAUACAAAUGAAUCAUUUCGGUGUCGGUAAUGCUGCCAUUCGUUUAUCCUUCCUCGAUUUCUCGUGCAAUAACGAGAUAUCCCAUGUUUCAACGGACACGAGUUGCGACGGCAGUAUAUUUUGCAUCAACAUCGGGAACGAAAUACGCAUAUACUCACAGGAGCAUAUAAACUCCUCAGCUGAGCGUAGAUUUUGUGGUGGCUCACCUGCACACAUAAGAUUUAGAGCGCCAUUGACUUCUCACUGUUUCAGACGUGCUACAGAUAAAGUUAGAGACUCACAGUUAUUGAUUGGCUUAGCCAAUGGAGAAAUCAAGUUGAUCGAUCCUUUGAAAGAAGACCCGAAUAAGGUUUUUAACGAAGGAAAAUCUGUCGACGAAACACCUGUAACUUGUGUUAGCUGGGUUCCUCACUCGCCUCAUCAGUUCUUAGUGAGUCAUUCAAGUGGAUGUAUGUAUUUAUACGACGAAACAUUAGCACAGUUGUCAGCUCCCACAUACAAUCUGUUCAAACAGGGUGUUGGAUUUUCAGUGCAUACCUGUAAGACAAAGUCAACAAGGAACCCAUUAUACAGAUGGACUUUGGGAAGUCCUAGUGCAUCAAAACUUGAUAACUAUAAGUCUAUGCCAAAACAUUCGGAUUUUAUUAACGGAUGUGUUUCAAAUAAAACUUGUGAAAUACAGACGAACUCGUCUAACCACGAUUCAUCAUCGAUGAUCAACUCAUUGUUUGAUGACAGUAAUGUUUCUAUUAACCACUUUGCAUUCUCUCCAUGUGGUCGUUUCCUUGCAAUUGUUACAGAAGAUGGUUAUAUGAGAGUAAUGGAGUAUCACGAGAUGGAGUUAUAUGGUUUUAUGCGUUCCUACUUUGGUGGAUUACUAUGCGUCGACUGGUCACCAGAUAGUUUGUUUAUUGUUACUGGAGGACAAGAUGAUUUAAUAACAAUCUGGUCUGUGCUGGACAGAGCUGUUAUUUGUCGUGGUCAGGGUCAUAAGUCCUGGGUUAGUAUGGUACGCUUCGAUCCGUAUUUAUGUCCUAGCAGUGAUGACAUUUCUCAUACAUCUCCUGUCUAUACCAAAUCACGUUGCCACUCACUUACAGGAAAUCAUGAAGAAUUGAAUGAAAAUUCAGUGGUUAGAAAUUCACCGGUUACUACAGUGUGUGAAAGUGAUGAUCUACGAACUUAUCGUCUUGGUUCAGUAGGACAUGAUACAAUGCUAUGCUUAUGGGAUCUGACAGAUGAUAUAAUUCGUCAAGGCGUUGAAUUUCUUCGAUCUUCAAUUAACAGUGUAAAUUCUAAUUUUGAAACUCUGACCUGUGAUACUUCUUUCCCUAUUGUAAAAAACUCUUCUAUUCACAAUACAUACAACAGCAUAAUGUCGACGACUGGUGGCGGUGCUUGUGGUGGUGCUGUUAGCGGUGGUAGUAGUAGUAGUAGUAACAGUAUGAAUUGUAGCUCCCCGACUGCUUUACCCUCUCCACAAUCGGGUAAUGCUUCAUCUACGUCAUCAACUGUUUCAUCUCCUCACAUCAAUUCAAGUCGAUUUUCUAUUAAAUCAGGUGAUAAUCGACUUUUUAAUAAUAAUAAUCAUAAUAAUAAUAAGCGUAAAAAUACUUCCAAUUCUACACCGUCAUCUGGUCCACCAUCGAAUGGUACAAAUAGCAGUGGAUCAUCAGAUAAGACAAAGUCUAUUUUCUCACGUGGUUUUCAUUGGUCUUAUUCAAAUACAAGUAGUCGUAUUAGUGGAAUUGUACGAUUUCCACGAAUUGGUAAUUCAGACAAGUCGAAUGGAUCUACAACCAAUUCACUGAAAACAUGCAGUCUGGGACGUUUAAGUGAAGUCAAGUGGAUGUUACAAAUAACUGAGAAUAAUAUAUUUGGCUCCCCUCUCUGUCCUCGAAUCAGUGAUGUGCCUAUGCUUGAACCGCUUGUAUGCACACGAAUCUUAAAAGAUCGUGUAACUGAUCUUGUUUUUCGACGAGAUACAAUUCAUAUAGUUGAUCAACAAGGAUUAUUUUUAGCCUGGCAAAGACCUGUUAGUGUGAAAGAGAAUGCUACUGCCCCUACUACAACUGCUACCACUAAUACUACUAAUAACAAUAAUAAUAGUAGUAUUAAUAGUAAUGGUAGUCAAAUACCUGGAUGUCAUUCAACUAACAAUGAUUGGAGUUCAUCAUCGACUUCGUCUAUACACAAUAGAACAUUUUAA